GAAGCUCACAGCCGCAGCUCAGAGCAUCUUCACCAACAACACACAAAUAAACCCUUGCGAUCUGCUCGUUUAAUCUAGCUAUUGUGUGACCGCGGGCGAUUUUGAUAUUCAUCUAAUCUCUCUUCAUUCUGUAGCCUGCCUCUGUAGGCAGGGGGACUCACCAUGCCCAACUUACCCAAUCUUAACAGCUUUGGUAAACUGUGCGGCUCUGGUCACAGCGACGACUCGGUGGUGCUGGACAGGGUGAAGCGCAAGAACUCAGUUCGGAGAAUGUCCAUUAUCGAGGAUGGGAACGUGGCUGAGGUGCUCUACCUCAUUCCCAAACAGUCCAUGAUGGAGCAGCUGCCCUUCCUCAACCCAAGUGAAUAUGUCAUCCUGGAGAAAAUGGCACCUCCUGACAUGGGACCUGUGGCUCAUCCUCAGGAAACCCACCAUCCACCAGGAAAACUGGUCAUCCAGUGCUACAAGUGUGGGGAGCCAUGUAAGGGAGAGGUUCUCCGGGUGCAAUCUAGGCACUUCCAUAUAAAAUGUUUCACAUGCAAAGUGUGCGGUUGUGACCUGGCCCAAGGUGGGUUCUUCAUGAAGAACGGGGAGUACCUGUGCACGCUGGACUACCAGAGGCUUCAUGGCACUCGUUGUAAUGGCUGUGGAGACUUUGUGGAGGGGGAGGUGGUCACUGCUCUGGGGAAGACCUACCACCCAUCAUGCUUUGUUUGCACUGUCUGCAAACGGCCAUUUCCUGCUGGUGAUCGAGUCACUUUUAAUGGAAAAGACUGCCUCUGCCAGCACUGCAUCCAGCCAGCUUCCCCAACCCCCAAAGACAUCAGCACCUCUAGCAACUGUGCAGGUUGUGGCAGGGAUAUAAAGAAUGGUCAGGCUCUUCUGGCCUUGGACAACCAGUGGCAUCUCGGCUGCUUCAAGUGCAAAGCCUGUGGCAAAGUGCUGAGUGGGGAGUACAUCAGCAAGGAUGGUGCUCCUUACUGUGAGAAAGACUACCAGAUACAUUUUGGUGUCCAGUGUGAGGCCUGUCAUCAGUUUAUCACGGGGAAAGUUUUGGAGGCAGGAGAUAAGCACUACCAUCCCAGCUGUGCACGAUGCAGCAGGUGCAAUCGAAUGUUCACGGAGGGAGAGGAGAUGUACUUGCAGGGUUCUACAGUGUGGCAUCCAGAAUGUAAGAACAACAGUAGAGUGGAAGACAAGUACAGACCCCUCCCACCCUCAGUAACCUCUCUGCACCAAUCAGAAAGGCAGCCCUCGAGGUCAUCGUCCGAGAGUAUCUGUUCGAGACCUGGCUCAAGCGUCCCUGGGUCUCCAGGUCACACCAUCUAUGCAAAAGUAGACAAUGAGAUUAUUGAUUACAAGGAUCUAGCAGCCAUUCCCAGAGUCAAGGCUAUUUAUGACAUAGAGCGUCCAGACAUGAUUUCCUAUGAGUCUCUCCAUUCCACCUUCACUACCUUGGAAAGACAAGGAAGGCACAGCCCAGCAGAGCCUGUUAGAGCCUCAGGUGGGAGUCCCCCCAGAGGCAGAGCCAAAACCCUGCCACAAGAAACUUCCUCAAAGUCAGCAGAAACAUCUCCAAGGACACUGUCUCCCACCCCUUCUGCUGAGGGUUGCUAUGACACGAGGGAACGCAUCAUACAGAGAUCCACCAGUCAAGGCUCUAUCAGCUCUCCUGUGUAUCACCGGCAUAACUACAUACCUCCUCUAUCCAAGUCGCCCCAGCAUUUCCACAGACCAGGAAUGCUGAAGCUCUGCUCCUCUUUGCGCUCCAGCAACAGCGAUACACGCCCUACCUCCCCCUUCCGACAUCACUUACUCCCCCAUAACAAAGAUUCUUUCUACAUAGGCACUGAGCCAUCCAGUGGCCGGAGUUCUCCCCUUUCCUCUCGGCCGGCCACCCCGACCCUCUCUCUGACCCCUAAACAUUUCCACAUCCCAGACCAAGGCAUUAACAUGUAUAGAAAACCACCAAUCUACAAACAGCAUGAUUCAGCUGCCCUGGCAGCCCAAAGCAAGUCCGCUGAUGACAUCAUCAAAUCUUCCAAGUUUCCUGCUGCUCAUGCCCCUCGGCCGGAUGAAACCUCAAAGAUUGAGACAGACUACUGGCCAUGUCCGUCAUCCCUUGCUGCUUUAGGCUCAGAUGGAAGGAGUCGCUCACGGGACGAGGAAGAGGAGGAGCAAGUGAAACGCAGACAUCUUCAGGAAGAACAUCUCAGCAAGAUCCAGUCAGGUCUUGGGAAGCUCAUUCUUAAGGAGGAAAUGGAAAAGGAGAUGAACAGAGAGAGAUACACACGCAGUGUGGCCGCCAAGCGCUUUGACUCCCAAUACGCUAACUGUACCAUAGACUCCCAAACAUCCAAAACCUCUUCUCUGCCAGGAUACGGACGGAAUGGCUUGCACCGGCCCGAAUCUACAGAACUCUCUCAGUAUAACAGUUAUGGGGAUGUAUGUGGAGGACAGAGAGAUUUCAAGGUAUGUGAUUGACAAACAUUACACACUGAGCAUGUGCAUCAGCAAUCAUGUACAUAUGGAAGUGAAAUCAUGCUACAGUACAUGUAAUUGGAAUGGCACUCAUACCCUCAUUGCUAUACUUGUGUCUGAGUUUGAGCAAUGGGGAAAGACAAGAGCACAAUCAAGGGUUUUUAAAAUACUACCCCACCAAUCAGCACUGAGGCUACAAAACACAUCACACGGAUAGUUGAGUUUCCAGCCUGGCUCAAUUGACCUCCCUCAAAAGUACUCUAUGCAGCACAGUGUUAGGAAUUAGAUUCAGACUAUUUUCCAAGAUUCUGAAUUCUUCAAAACAGUUUUUGUUUUCUUUUAUCGUUUGCAUCACGUGUAUGUGUUCUGUUCU